CCCACCACCACUCCUUCAGGCCCCAGCAGUCCUCGCCAAGACGCUGCCCGCACCCAUGCCCCGGCAACAAGCCCCUAGCUUCGGAGCCUGACAUAAUAACCUCACUUCCGACAACGACCGAUGAUUGUUUAUGGCCUCACUCUUCCACACGACGAGCCAAUCUGAACUCGCACCCCUCCUAUCACUGGAAAGGUCGCUCGCGGCCUUCUCCCACUCAGUCUGUCUAAUCUCCACGGGUUGCCACCUUCGCCGCAACUGCCCCGAACGCACCUCCCGCGCCGGCUUCGGUUUUUUUGCUCGUCGCAACAAACACCAAUGCCUUCGGCCACUCAGGAAGAGCCCGUGUUCCACGCCUCCAAGAAGAGGAGGAGGGAUGACGACGGCAUCUCCGGCCUCGACGGCAGCCUCCAUAUCUAUGACGGCCUCUCGUACCGCAAGCCGCUCUUCUCUCCCGAUGGCCUCGCCUCUCGCCAGUUCCAGACCCCCGACCACGUUGCUCGCCUCCACUAUGUCAGAGCGAGCGAUGCAGCGGCAGAUGUGUCUCGAUCCGAAGAGCUCGUCUCGAACCCGUUCCUAGCCCGAAAGGUGCUCCCCGCCAUCGUCCAGCCAGCAAAGAAGUUCCGACUGGACGACGACGCCGGCUGCCACAGUCCCGGUCGGGACCAACGAAGGCCAGUGGCUGCCCCGCACUCGCGGAACCAUCAACUACACAAGAUAGAAACAACAACAACAUCAGCAGCAGCAACAACACAGCCGGCGAGGACCUCAUCGGCUCUCGCGCCAUGUCAUGUCUGUGCGCGCAGGCCUACCAAGAAGUCAGACCUUGACUCGUUUGCCGACUGCCAGGGAUGCCGCUCACGGACCUGCUACGUCUGCAUGCGCGAGUGCCUGGGAUGGGGGGUUAACGACCCAGCGUUGGGUAACAGUAACCGCACACAGCCGUCCUCGUCGUUCCGGAUGGAGGAUGCUCCGGAAAGCCCCGUGGAUGACGAGGCCGGGAGCAGAGAUAAAUACCCUGUCUGGGCCAGGGGCGGGGGUGGCCACCGGCAGAUGGUUUGCAGCCGGUGCUGCGUCGAGCAAGGUGCCGAUGGGGAUGUCAUUUGUCUGGGUUGCUUGCAGCACCGGUGAUGUUUGUCUUCCGGCCACCAACGUUUAGAGAACACACGCAGCCGACAUACAAAGCCGACACGCUCAUCAUCGGCCAACUCACGGGCUAAACAACCCCCACAAAACGCCACCGAUGUGGACGUCGACCACCACCACCAACAUCGCAACCGAGACUCGUGGUGGCCAUCCCAGGGCCUGUGUCAUGAUACAAAAGCGAAUCAUGAGCCACGCCGAUUUCUUGACCGUAUUUGACCACCAGCUGCCGGCAAAUUGAACGAACCCACGAGCGAGGAGCUACCACUGCGCUCCUUGUGCUUUGGAUCGAUACGGGGGCAUCCCGUCGGGCCUCGCACACAGUAUAUAGAUUAGGUAGCUUGCGUGAUUUACAGCACCAUCCAUGGUCACCGUCACCACAUGCGGCCGCUAGUCCCCACGUCGGAGGAUAGCGAACCACAGCGCCCGGCGGGGUCAUUUGGGAGCACCUCGGGCCGCGAGUCUAGUACGAGUGCUUUGGGGCGUCGAGCUCCUGGCUGAUCAUUGGAGGAGGGUUGGAGAGGAAUGAUGUGUGGAGGAUCGAGCACCUGAGCGUGUCGCUGAACGCCAGCUUCAUGCUGUUUGGAAACCAGGGAGAUGGGUUGUCAUCUGGUCACAAAUUUAAUGGGCAUUAUGAGUAGAUGAUUAAUAAAGGGUAUAGGGGAGGCAAGCUUCAGAGACACAGAGUGCCUUGGGGGUUGUUGGGAAUGAUGGAGCAUUGUGAUAAGCAACGCAAACACGGCUUGGGAAACAAAACUGUCAAUCUUGCCAACACCACUUUGGACGACCGUGCAUCAUCAUAG